AUGCAUCUAGAAGAUCAGAGGCCCAGAUUUUCCAAGAUAAGCCAUCAUGCCAAUGUGACUCAGUGCUUGGGUGCAAUUGGUGGCCAUGUUUGGUACCUUGGAGUUUCUAAACCAUCCCUUGUAGAAGAACCCGACUUUGAUGUCGCUGAGCCGCCACCUGAGGUGGUACAAUCACGCUGGGGACAUUUCUACGUGCAUGCUCCAGUUGAUGAAGUUCAUUUCUUUAGGAUUUCGGGUGUCAUGUUUCUUAAGCUCAAUCGUGGUACAUGGCAUGCUGGUCCAUUAUUCAACCGAAAGUCCAUGGUUUACAACCUUGAACUCAGCAACACCGAUGCCGUAGAUGUCACCAACCAUUAUUUCAUUGACACGGACAAUGUGAAAUUCGUGUUGGAUGAGUAG